UUGGAGCUUGGAGUGGAACUUUCCUGACAAACGGCUCUUGGUAUUACUGUCAACGAGUAUUAAAAUAUUUUACUCACAGCUGAUAAGCAUCAACUGAGCUUAGACUUACAGGAGAUCAUGGAGUGACAACUACUGAUUACUAUAAAGGUCAAAAUGGGAUUCCUGACUAUUCAGCCUCUGAUGAAACAGUAAGAGUCAUCUAAUCAGCACUGCUGAUAUCAGUAAACUCAAAACUUUGAGUUUUGAAGAGAAGGGAUUUCCACAAUGAGAGAUCGACUGGAGGAGCUGCAACAGAGGGCUCAGGAGUUGUCUGAGACAACAGCUGACCCUACUAAUCCUCUCUCGGCGGAGGGUGACGGUGAUGAUGAGUCUCCAGAUGUCGGGGGCAUUACACAGCUGGCCAUGGUGUUUGAGGAGGAGCCAGUCAUUCAGAAUUAUCUCUCUGAAGCUCAUCAAAUCCGAGAUGACAUCUCAACACUUGAAACAGAGGUCCUGAAGUUCUGUCAGCAGCAGAAAACCCUGGUGGCAACCAUGCGUCGGUUUAGCGUGAUGAAGAAAGAGAGCAGCAUAACACGAGACAUCAAACUCCAGGCUGAGAGCCUCCACCGUCGUUUAGAGGGCCUUUCAAAAAAAGCCCAAGCAACUGAGGAGCAGCUGGGACCUAACACUGUUGCAGUGAGAAUACAACGCACCCAGCAUGCCGCUCUGCAUCGCAGAUUCCAGCAGGUGAUGCGCCAGUAUAAUGAAGGUCUGCUGACCAAGCAGGAGCGCUGUAAGCACUUCAUUAUGCGGCAACUGGAUAUAUUGGAAAAGAAUGUUACAGAGGAGGUGGUGGAUGAGAUGGUCGCCACAGGAAAUUGGGAGGUGUUCAACGAGAACUUGCUAAAUGAUGUCAGAAUCACGCGGUCACAACUGUCUGAGAUCGAACAGCGACACAGGGAACUCUUGAGCCUGGAGAACAAUAUGAAAGAGCUAAGGGACCUCUUCAUGGAUAUCUUCAUGCUUGUAGAGGAACAAGGAGCUGACAUUGAACACAUCCAAACUAAUGUUGAGCGGACACAAGAUUACGUCGCUGCAACUAAUGAGAAGUUCAAGGCGGCUGCGAGGUAUAAAAAGAAGAACCCGAUUCGACAGCUGUGCUGCUGCUGCUGUCCUCCCUGGAGAUGCUGCUUGUGAAACGUGAGAGUUUGUUGUCUCAGAGUUUGUUCCAAAUAAGGGUUUAUUUCAAAAAGUCGUGACUAACUUGGAAGUCAGCAACACAAGUGACAUUAAAGGGGAGGUAAAGGUAUCCGAGUUGUUGCCGCUGCUAAAAAAGAGCAAUGGUGGGGAGAGACGCAGCAGAGCACAGAAAACAAUUAAAGAGAAGGCCAGGAAUUGUUAUGGGAAGGCACUUGUUUCUUUCAGGAGGAGGUGAAGCGACUGCAAUUGGAAGAGACAGUUCAGUGAGUUCUACUCACCAACACUACUGCUUAUUGGAGACCUUCACUGUCAUCUGACAGAGGUCACAAACAAGACAAGGCUACUGACACUGCUGGAUCAGCAAAACCAAUAUCCCACCAGUUUCUUUCUUAAAAACAACAAAAAAAAAACUGUUAUUUUUGUCUGGUAUAAGAUUUCUAGCUAUUGAGGACAAGAAUUUUCUUCAAAACAUGCACUUUACGACUUUAUUUUAUAUUACUGUAUUCAGAGCAGAGGGUUACAGUUGAUCAUAACAAGGGUAAUUAUACUUUUAGAAAGA